AUGGCAUGGAGCAUCUUAGUGCCCUUAUCCUGUGAUGCAAUGGUUGGCGGUGCCCUUCAAACAGGUCUUUUCGACUAUGUUUGGGUUCAAUUCUAUAACAAUGCUCCAUGCCAGUUCUCUGCUGGAGACCCAAGCAGUCUCCUCACUGCAUGGAAGCAAUGGACUUGGAUCCCGGCUGGCAAGAUCUUCCUUGGGUUACCUGCUGCUCCAGCUGCAGCAGGAAGUGGAUUCAUUCCUGCCGCAGAUUUGAUCUCGAAAGUGCUUCCCCAAAUUAAACGCUCAAGCAAGUAUGGAGUUGGUCUAUGA